AGUACCCGAGCAGUGCAUCGCAUACGGGAGCAUGCCUUUGCAGUUAAGGAAGCUUUAGGGCAGAGGAAAUGGAGGACUUGGGGUCGCCUCAUGUGCGGCGUCUGUUUUUGAGGUACCGUUGGGGACAUACCUUAGUCUUUCUCUAACGCUGCCCCUAUCUCUGCGUCCUCCCUGGAUGGCUUCACAAUGGCCCCUCCCCCUGUCUGCCAUGCCCGAGACCUGCAAGCAGCACCCUAGAGAAAGAGGCCCGUCCAGGGUCCGAAGCUGCCGCCGCGUCGUCGCCACGCAUCGUCUGCCGGGUGUGUAUAUUACACUUUUUUCUCUUCUCGUUACUUCCCUUGCCUACCUUAGUCCCAUGCGUCCGUCCUCCAGGCCCUGCAAUCAAGGUGAGGAUCUGCCGCUUUGCUGCUUCUGCUUGGCCGUUGCGGCUUUGACACCGACCAGCACGGUAAAGACCACCAUUUGUGGGCAUGGGAAUGGGAGGGAUAUUGGAAACGAGGAGGGUCCUAUAUAUCGGAGGUCUCGCCGUCUCCUGUCCCACCAAAUUCUCUGGCACUCUUCUUGUCCUGGGUUAUCCCGAAAGUAUAAGAACCCCCCGAGGAAUGUUUUGACUAGCCCCAGCCCCCCUUCUUGUUUCUUUCUUAGAACGGGUCCGGCUCAGCAACUAUCGACAACACGCCACGGCACCUGGCUACUACGUGCCUGGACGACAGCAUGGGAGCAGGGGCUGGACAGGGAUGACGGCGGUUAUGUACGAUCACGACGUACUUGGCUGAGACUCGGGCGACGUCCAAGCCUCCUAGUUGGUCGGCACUGGGAGACAAGGCUAGCACCAAGAAGAGAUGGUGUGACCUUAGUAUGCACUGGACGAGGGCGGCUACUCCAUGUCGACCAUGCUCAGGUUCUAGCAUUGGGGCAUCACGCCAACCAGCAGACUCGAUGGGGAUUGGAUGUUGGCCUAUGUUCAAGCCAGACCGGUCAUGAUACGACAGCGUUGAUGGAUCAUGGUUGGGCGGGGUAGGGGUGAAAGGAAUCGCCCCGAGACUCAAAGCGCCUCGGAGCUGCCGCCACAAAGAGCCAAGACUAGCCCAAGUACUGAGGGAAGCCGACGUACAGCGAGGAACCCGGAGCCCGGAACCCAAACCCAGAACCCCUAAGGGGAUAUCAUGUUUGGAAAGAAAGAGGAGGAAGCAAAACCGGCGAGGGGUUGGUGGACAGUGGGGCUAGGCAGGGCGGCUUGGUUGGAACAAGAGCAACAGUAGCAACAACCAAUGGGCUGGGGGAGGGGUUGAUAGGAUGGUGUCGGACGGUGACAGGCAAGAGAAUGGGAUCGACGAUGAUGCGAAGCAAGUGGGGAGAGCGGGCUUGUGGGUUGCACUAAUACGAGCGUCCAACCGAUCCAUUUGACCAACUCUGGAAGCCACCUCUUGUUUGAGAUAAUUCAGAU